CCCGAGUCAACUAUGGCACUGAAGAGAAAACAUAGUUCUAGCGCUCAGGUGUACGACUCUUACCGCAGCAUCUCCUCAACUUUCAGCACCGAUGCGGCUAAAAACCAUCAGCCCGUUAGUGUUGUUGAGGAAAAUGAGAUGCCAGUGAGAAAGAGGAGGAGAUUGGAUAGUUUUGAGAAGCCGCCCUCUCUUCAUUUUUGUGAAUGGAGCGGCAACUCAGACCAAGAGACCGCUGCGAAAUAUGAGAGAAGUGCUGAGGAUCAGAAUUCUCUACAGUACAGCGCCUGUGCUUUAGAGGAUGAUGGCCUUCAGAAAACUCUUUCCAGUGGUCUUGAACCCAAGCGGACAUCUUUUAACAUUGGCAGAAAGAGAAAACGAAGUUCUCACAGUGUUCAGGUGUACGACUCCCAUCAGAGCACAUCCUCAACAUCCAGCACUGAUGCGACUGAAAACCAUCAGCCCAUUAGUGUUGGUGAGGAAAAUGAGAUGCCAAUGAGAAAGAGAAGGAGGUUGGAUAGUUUUGAGAAGCCGCCCGCUCUUCAUUUCUGUGAACGGAGCGGCAGCUCAGACCAAGAGACCGCUGCGAAAUAUGAGAGAAGUGCUGAGGAUCAGAAUUCUCUACAGUACAGCGCCUGUGCUCUAGAGGAUCAUGGUCUUCAGGAACCUGCUUCCAGCGGUCUUGAAGUCCUUCCUCCUGCAGAUCAGCAGGUUCAAACCCCUCCAGCUCCAGUCCACCUCAGUCCAGUCAGUCCAGCACCAAAUCACAACAACAGAGUGGACUUGACAACUGAGGACAACAUUCUGAACCGGUAUAAAAUCGGCAGAAAACUUGGUGAGGGAGGAUUCGGAUCUGUCUAUGAAGGGAAACGCUUGGAGGAUGACCUUGAGGUGGCAGUGAAAUUUGUCCAAAAAACACCAGAAGACAUGGAAUACAUCAACAUUCCUGGUCAUCCCACACCCCUUCCAUUAGAGGUCGGCCUGUUAACUCUUGUUAAUAAGGGUCCUAAAGUUCCAGAGAUCAUUGAGCUGCUGGAGUGGCAGGACCAACCUGACCAAUACAUCAUGGUCUUGGAGCGUCCCCCAUCCUGCCAAGAUCUGUGGGAUUUUCUGAACAAUCACGACGGCAUCCUCAAUGAGGACACAGCACGGUUUAUAAUGACGCAGGCAACAAUGGCCGCUCACGUGUGCUGUCGUCGUGGAGUUUUCCACAGUGACAUUAAACUGGAGAACCUGCUGGUCAACACCGAAACACUCGAGGUCAAACUGAUCGACUUCGGGUGCGGGGAUCUCCUGCAAGAAUCCGCCUAUGACGUCUUCUGUGGCACAGAUGAGUACUGCCCACCUGAGUACAACACAGACGGCAAAUACCACGGUAAACCAGCUACUGUGUGGUCUCUGGGAGUGCUCUUAUUCGUGUUGGUCUGUGGACGCUUUCCAGAACCCAACGACCUGGAGAGGAUUUAUGAUGGCAUCUGGUCUGAGCCUGGCUUGUCAAACGAAUGCUGCCAGCUGAUUCGAUCCCUCCUGCAGAAAAACCCAAGGCGGCGGAUUGAUUUGAGGAAAAUCAUUUUCCAUGAAUGGUUUAAGGUCACAGAAUAAGCCAUGAAUAAUAGUGCACAUGAAAUGGAAACUUUAGCACUACAGUUCCAGAGUUCCUUGAGUCAGCAUAUCAUCUGGUGUCCUGACACAAGUGCCAUCCCUCCCUCCAUGCAUUGGCUGGUGAGCCUUGGCUUGUGGCAGUAAUACAAGCAUCUGGCGAUAUCACUUGUCUAGGAACAGUACAACAAUCCCUCAUCAACAGCCGACUUUAGGCAGAGCUGCAUGUCAGAAUUCCUCUCUUGGCUGCAGCAGAAGUUCAUGUGAAAGCUGCUCCUUCCACGGCCCACUCCAAAGAAUCCUGCACUGGAUGUCACAGAAUUUCCCAUUUUUGGCUGCUUCAUCACUCUACUGAGCAUCUAGCAGGCUGAUAUUUGUGGUCCCACAAUGCUAUAAUAAACUUGGUAGCAUUUGGCUCCUUAGUUUGAAGCAGUAUUUGGUGACCACACUGUAAAUGCAAUGUAGAUAGUGUAAAUGAUAUUACAAAUCUUGAAUUGUUUGCUAUUGUACAAACUUGGCUGUUAUUGUUCAUUAAAUAUUAUUGUACAAUAAAUAAUAUUUUAUAUAAAUAA